CCUUAGUACAACAAGUGACAGGUCGAGGGAGGCUGAGCGAACCAGCAGCGGCGGCGGUCGACCCUUUCUCUCUCUCCCCGGACCUCAAGACCUCACCAUGGCGCUCAAGGGCGUGCGUAAGGCCAGCAAGAACCCGCCGGUGCUGAGCCACGAGUUCGUCAUCCAGAAUCAUGCGGAUAUCGUGUCCUGCGUUGCAAUGGUGUUCGUCCUCGGCCUCAUGUUCCAGGCCACAGCACCCCUCGCCUCGGUCUUCAUUGCCCUCCAGCACAACGCCAGCGACCCCGAGACCCUGCCCUCCGCCGACACACCCAUCACCUACACCUACGGCUCCAGGGACGCGGCGGCUGUCUUCUUCUACUGCCUCAUCUCCAUAGUCAUGCACGCCAUCAUACAGGAGUACAUACUGGAUAAAGUAAACCGCAAGCUUCACCUCAGCAAAACUAAGCACAGUAUGUUCAAUGAGUCCGGCCAGCUGUUGAUCUUCACUGCUGUGUCCGCCGCCUGGGGCAUCAACAUCCUCGUAAAGGACAACCUCUUCCCAGACAUCACAAGCCUAUGGGCGGGAUAUCCCGAGGGUCACGCCCAGAUGUCGUUCAUGCUCAAAUUCUUCUUCUUGGUCCAGAUGUCAUACUGGCUCCACUGCUACCCUGAACUCUAUUUCCAGAAGACCAAGCGCGAGGAGAUGUCCGCCAAGAUCCAGCACGCAACACUGUACCUAAUCUUCUGCACCGCUGCCUACGUCCUCAACUUCACCCACGUGGCGCUGGUGCUGCUCACCCUGCGCUUCAUCGAGGAGGGCCUGCACCACAUCUGCCGGCUCCUGUACUUCGCCGAGAAGGCCCAGGCUGCCUCCACUGGGUUCCGCAUAUGGAAUGUUGUGUUCGUGUGCUGCCGGCUAGCCUCCAUCAUCAUCACCAUCCUCACCUUCCACUACGGCCUGGGCAGCGCUGAUGACCAGACCCUCGACACUGCCGCUGGGAACUUCAACACCCCCUUCAUCAGGCUCAACGCGCUGGUGGCCGUGUGUCUGGUGCAGGCGUGGAUGAUGUGGAACUUCAUCCACUUCCACCUGCGUCAGAUGAGGGAGCGGCAGGCGGAGCAGCUGGCCCUCAAGAAGAAGAUGGCGGAGCGGAAGAGUCGGAAGGGGCGCCGUGAUGACUGACCUUUCUUGUUUGCAGCCAAAAGGAGCUCAGAGGAGGACUUCAGCGAACUGCCCGAGGUGGACCAGCAGACACGCCGACGCAAGUAAACAGCCAGGCAAACAAGAGUAAACAAUAGCAAACAAGAAAAUAACCCAGUAAACAAGGGUAAACAAGAGCAACCAGCCAGUGAGGAAGACAAGUUAAGGGUGCAGCAAACAAAAAUAAAGUAAGCACAAGUAUUCAUAGAGUAAACAAUGUAAACAACCCAGGCAAACAAGUGUAAACAAUAGUAAACAGGAGUAACCGACCAGGGAAGAUGAUAGUUAAAGUACAAGACCAAAAAAUGAGGUAAACAAUAUUGAGUUUAAGUACUGUAAACAAUGUAAACAACCCAGGCAAACAAGAGUAAACAAUAGUAAACAGGAGCAACCAACCAGGGAAGAUGAUAGUUAAAGUACAAGACCAAAAAUGAGGUAAACAAUAAGGAGUUUUAGUAGUAUUAACAAUGUAAACAACCCAGGCAAACAAGUGUAAACAAUAACAAACAAGAGCAACCAGGCAGUGAAGCAGACAAAGUUAUGGUACAAGACAAAAGAUAAGGUAAACAAUAAGGAAUAUAUGUACUGUAAACAAUGUAAACAACCCAGGCAAACAAGUGUAAACAAUAGUAAACAAGAGCAACCAGGCAGUGAAGCAGACAAAGCUAUGGUACAAGACAAAAGAUAAGGUAAACAAGAAGGAAUAUAUGUACUGUAAACAAUGUAAACAAGGUGUGGAGAAGGAACAUUUGGUGCUGAUUCAAAGCUCAAAUUUAGAUGUUACUUUAAAUGGAUGUAAACAAUAAGUGUGGACAGGUAUGAACAUGUUAGAUGGGUGUAAACAACUAAUGUAAACAAUGCCAUAAACAACCAGGCAAGACAUCAGAGUCAAACAGUAAUAUUGUAAAACCUGAAAUAUCUUAAACAGACACAAACAAAUGGAUGUAAACAAGUAAACAAGUAAACAAUCAACAAAGACACUUAAUGCACAAACACACCAUUUAAGGUUAAGAAAAGUAAACAAAUGAAUAAACAGUUGUAGACAAACUUAAGAACAUAAUCUCAAACAACAUAAACAAGCAAACAAUUACUGUAAACAACUGUAGACAAGUGAUAGAUGAAGUUGCAGGACCAUAAAUCAUAUUAAACAAGGAUAAACAAGUGUAAACAAUUAUAAACAAGCAUUUACAGGGAAAAUAAGAUAUAAACAAAGCUAUAUCAAGUGUAAACAAUUAUAUAAAGCACUAUAAACAAGCAGAAAAUAAAUAAACAAGACAAGAAUCAAGUCAAAAGUGUAGACAAUUAUAAACAACCAUUAGGAGGCAAGACAUGACAGUAAACAAAGCUGAAUCAAAUGCAAACAAUUAUAUAAACAACAAUAAACAAGUGGAAAAUAAAGAAAAGACCACAAAUCAAGCUAAACAAGUAAACAAUUGCAAACAAGAGUAGAAGUCAACUGAGCUAAUCAUGACAUAGUGCAAACAAGUACAUAAACAAAUGCAGACAAUAAUUCAAGCAAGCAAACAGGAAUAAUUAACUUACUUAAGCAAUAGAAGGCAAACAAAAAUAAACAACAGCAAUAAAUAAGGAGUCUUUGAGCAUCCAGGCUUAGGUAAACAAUUUAUGAGCAAUGCAAACAAGCCGGUAAGCAAGAAAGGGUUAACUGCAGGUGCAAACAAGUUCGAUAAGUACCAUUCAAACAAACUAAACAAGUAAAUAAUCAUAUAAACAAGAGCUGCAAACAAGGUGUAGGUUAAUCUGGUUCUCUUUCAAGCAAGUAAACAACAUGCAAACAAGGCAAUAAGCAAGUAAACAAAUAUAUAAAAAAGAGUUGCUAAAUAUAUGUAAAUGAUUUUUAUAUUUCUAUUCAAGUAAACAAAUAGAAUAUCCACAAACAAGGAUCUUAGGAAGUAAACAAAAGCAAACAAGAGAAGUAAACAAGAUAUAAACAUGUAAGCAAUUCACAUUUCAGUAAACAAACAUUAUUCUUGAACUUGAGGGUAAACAAGCUACUUAAACAACAAUUGAAAGCAAACAACAAAUGCAAACAAGACAAACAACUAGUCUGCCAUUUCCAUUAACAAAAGUAAACAAUAUCCACAAAAUCAAAGGACAAACAAGGAUUAUAAACAGUAAACAAAAGUAAACAAACCCAAACAAGAGAUGUAAACAAGAUAUAAUCAACCAGUAUCCCAUUUCUGUUAAAAUAAGCAAACAAUAUCCACAAAAUCAAAGGACAAACAAGGCUUAUAAACAGUAAACAAAGGCAAACAACAUAUGUAAACAAGUGCAAACAAUCAGUAUAUACAUUCUUAUCCACUCAGUCCAUAGCAAACAAGAGUAAACAAGAUGGAUAAACAAUAGAUAAGCUUGUGAAUAUAGGAAUGCAAACAACUCAACAUACACUGUAAACAACUAGAUUCUUAUUCAGUCUAGCAUAUGCAAACAAAACCAGAGUAAACAGAAGGUGUAAACAAGCUUGUGGUAAAGGUAGGAAUGUAAACAACUCGAUGUCAAUGUAAACAAGGUGUAAACAAUGGGUAAACAAGCUCAUGGUGAAGGUAGGAAUGUAAACAACUCUGAUAUCAAUGUAAACAAGAGUGUAAACAAUGGUGGUGGUGGUGGUGGUUAUGGUGUAGACAAUAUUUUGGUGGAGGUGAAUAUAUUGUUUGUAUCUUAAUUGGUAAAGGUCUCUCUCUCUCUCUCUCUCUCUCUCUCUCUCUCUCUCUCUCUCUCUCUCUCUCUCUCUCUCUCUCUCUCUCUCUCUCUCU